AUGUUGUGGCAACGAUUAUAUUUUUCCACACGUUUAUUGAAUUUUAUGCACCGAUUUCUGAGGAAUCAAUCAUGUUUAAGAGCGAUUCCGAGGCUCAGUCCCAGUCUUAUACCACAUCAGAAGCCUUGCAUCGUCGAUCCAGUUUCUCUUGCUAAUUCCGUGAUUACGGUCCCCGAUGAGCCUCUGCGGUUUUACUACCCUACUUUUCCAAUCGGGUACGGGUUUAAGUUCCCGACUAUGGUUCAUGGUUCGGGUCUAGUCGAUAUGGUGCCGUUCACUGAGGCGGUGGUGGUUUACGCUGAUAGUGUGAAGAAGAAGAAGAUGAACAAGCAUAAGUACAGGAAGGCUCAAGGUCGCAAAUCUUAAGAGCUUCCUCAACAUAUUUGUUUUGAAUUAGAUCGAUAAUAAUGUUACAAAGUAUUGAUUAAAGUCUUUUGUUUUGCUAAGUGCUCACCCAUUUCCACACAGUUGCAAUGUUAGUUCUAUGUUGUAGCUCCAACCUAUUUGAAUCUU